AUGCAGUCCACCUUUUUGAUCCUGACCAUCUGCGCCGGCCUGGCCGUUUCCGCCGCUGCAACUCCAGUCGCGUCGGCCAAGUCUGCCGCCUCUAAGGACAACAACUCUCCUGGUGCGAGCUACUGGUGCCCCAAGAUGAACAAUCCGCCGAACUGCACAGAAGAGCGCAUAACCGACUGCUAUAAUGAGCUUCUCUACCUCGGGUUGAAGGAAGCUGAUAGAGAAGGAAAGGAUACUCAAGUCGAAUUCGACCUCAAGCACGACAUUUGGGUCCACCCGGAACGCAUGGAAAGCUGCAUUGUGGGCAACAAACUCACGUCUGGCCUGCCUGCCGAUGCUGAUGCUCCGAAAUAA